UCUAUUGAGUGUAUGUGUGUGUGAGUGCGUGCUACGGCUGCUACUUGUCACUCAUUGUGCCGUGAACACGGGUAGCGACAAGGACCAAAAUUCCGUCCGGUAGCAGUUGUUGUCCCUGGAAAGGCUGAUAUCUGUUUUGCCCCCCUCUUUCUCUCAGUAAGAGACAACCUCGCUUGUUUAAAGUGCGUCUGCUCUUCAAGGAGAAUAUCUGAGACACAUUACAAUGCUUCAAAUAAGGGACCUCAUCUGGGGAUUGCUAUUCAUUGGCUGUGCAGCUGCCAUCCAAGUGCAAAUCACUCCAACACAAGGAGAGAUCAGCGUAGGAGACUCCAAGUUUUUCCUCUGUGAAGUGGUGGGAGAUGCUAAAGACAUUGACUGGUAUGCCCCCAGCGGGGAGAAGAUCGCCCCCAACAGGCCAGACAUUAUUGUGAGCCGUAGCGAUGAAACCAUGUCGACCCUCACCAUAUACCACGCCAACGUGGACAGUGCCGGUAUCUACAAGUGUGUGGCAAAGAACGGGGACAAGGAGGCCCAGGCCACAGUUCAAGUGAAGAUCUUCCAAAGGAUCACCUUCGAGAGUGCUCCCAGCCCACAGGAGUUCAAUGAAGGAGAUGAUGCUGACAUUGUGUGCGAUGUGGUCAGUUCACCGCCUCCCACCAUCAUUUGGAAGCAUAAAGGCUCUAGGAUCCAGGUUGCCAAAGAUGUGCGAUUCAGGAUUGUGGAUAAUGGCCACCUGCAGAUCCGUGGCAUCAAGAAGACGGAUGAGGGCAUGUACAACUGUGAGGCUCGUGUCAUGGCCAGGGGAGAAAUCGACUUCAGGAUGAUCAAGGUCGUUGUUAAUGUACUUCCCACCAUUCGUGCCAGGCAGUCUGAGGUCAACUCUACAGCAGACAUCGGCAGCUCUGCUCUGUUGGCCUGUGACGCAGACGGCUUCCCUGAACCAACUGUCACCUGGGCACAUAACAACAUUGUCCUUGAAACGGGUGAUAAGUACAGCCUGAACGAGGAUGGUUCAGAAUUGGUAAUAAAAGAUGUCAAGAAAGUGGAUGAAGGAGAUUACACUUGCAUCGCCAAGAACAAGGCAGGAGAGAAAGCCGAGGAAGUCAGCCUGAACGUGUUUGUCCAACCCAAGAUUACGUACCUGAAUAACCAGACUGCCUCUGAGUUUGACGAACAAGUCACCCUGACCUGUGAGGCCUCCGGCGACCCCACACCCACCAUCUCCUGGAGUUUCGAAAACAGGGUAUUCAGUGAAGGAGAGCAGGCUUCUUGGACGCGACCAGACAAAUAUGAGAGCCUUGACAGAAACAUUGUGGUACGCAGCCAUGCACGGGUGUCCUCUCUCACCUUGAAAAAUGUCCUGUUCACGUAUGCCGGCCAGUAUCUCUGCACUGCCAGCAACUCCAUCGGCCAGGACAACCAGCACAUGUACCUGGAAGUCCGCUAUGCUCCAAAGAUUCUGGGUCCAGUGACAGUGUACACAUGGGAGGGAAACGCGGCCAACAUCAGCUGUGAGGUGGAGGCUCACCCUGGAGCCUCAGUGGUUUGGUUUAGAGAAGGCUUCCAGCUGCCCUCUGCCAACACCACCAACAUGAAGAUCUACAACACACCAACCAUCAGCUACCUGGAGAUUACCCCUGAUUCUCAGAAUGACUUUGGGAGCUACAACUGCACAGCAACCAACGUGAUGGGCACUGAGUCAAAGGAGUUCCUUCUGAUCCAAGCAGAUGUGCCAUCGUCACCGGAAAUCCAACAAGUGGAACCUUUUUCCAGCACAGCAGUGGUAAAGUUUGAGGAGCCUGACUCCGUGGGGGGGGUGCCCAUUAUGAAGUACAGAGUGGAAUGGCGUUUGCCUGGCCAGGGUUGGACUGGCAGUGAGCACGAUGCCAAGGACGACAUGACCACCAUCACCAUCGUUGGACUGAAGCCAGAGACCAUCUACGAAGUCAAGAUGUCCGCCAUCAACGGCAAGGGUGAAGGCGAGAGCAGCCCGGCCAGCACUUUCAAGACGGAGCCAGUCCGCUAUUCUUUCACAAUUUCAUCAGAGAUACCACCCCCUAUUGCUCCCACCAGUAUGGCCCGUAGGGAACCCAGUGCCCCCAAACUAGAAGCCAGGGUCCAACAAAGGGGCAAUAGUAUUAAGAUCAGCUUCAUCGAGCAGGACGAUGGCGGCUCCCCCAUUAAACACUUCCUGGUCAGAUACAAGCCUAAGCAUGUAUCUGACUGGAAGCCAGAGAUCCGCCUCCCCAAUAGCAGUGAGUAUGUGCUGCUGAACGGCCUGGACUGGAAUACAGAGUACGAGGUUCAUGUGGUGGCAGAGAAUCAGCAGGGCAAAUCGGAGCCUGGCAUCGUCUCCUUCAGAACAGCUACAGACACCACUACCAUCCCAGAUGCCAUGGCCGAUGGCUCAGGCCUGGGCACCGGAGCCAUCGUAGGCAUCCUCAUUGUUGUCUUUUUCCUGCUGUUGGUGGGCGUGGACGUCACCUGCUACUUCCUCAACAAGUGUGGACUCCUCAUGUGCAUCGCUGUGAACUUCUGUGGGAAGUCUGGGCCUGGUGCAAAAAGCAAGGACAUUGAGGAGGGCAAGGCAGCAUUCACGACAGAUGAGUCUAAGGAGCCCAUUGUUGAGGUGAGGGCAGAGGAAGAACACACCCCAAACCAAGGAGGGGGUCCCACUGAGCCCAACGAGACCACACCUCUGACAGAACCUGAGCCUGCUGCUGCAGACACCACCUCCACUGUGGUAAACUUGCUCCCCUCCACUGCCACUAACUCAGUUGCUGAGAGCUUUAGCACGGCGCAAAGCAGUCCUGCUAGUGAGAGCACCACGCUUACCACCAGCGCCUCCAGCCCAACCAAAGCUGCCCCUGCCAAGUCCUCCCCCCAAAACAGCCCUGCUGCCCAGUCAAGUGCACUUAAUGCUAACACCCAACCUGAUGUUGGGCCCCUGGUCGACCUGAGCGACACCCCUAAAGUCCCCUCCCCGUGCGACCCAGCACCCCCUGUCUCAGAGCCUGUCAGCCCGCCCUCUGCUGACCCAGUCAAAGCCCCUGACAGCACCCAGAAUAAGGACUUACAAGUAGACGGCCCAACCAAGGAUGCACCCAAUACCCCGUGCACAGACUCGACCACAUCGGCCCAAAAUGACGGUAAGACUGUGAAGGAUGAGAACACUAAAGGCGAGACGGAGUUGAAGAACGCCACAGACGAGGUGAAGACGGUCCCCAACGAGGCUCCCCAGAUGAACGGCAAUGAAAGUAAAGCGUAAUCUCCUCACCCAGGAGCAGCAGGAAGAGGGUUGAUUGGGGUGUGGGAGGGUCGUUAGGUUUGGAUUUGAAGGUAUAAGUGUGGGGAGGGGAGGGGGGGACGGGUCACAGUCAUUGAAACCUCAAAGUAAUGUCACACCCCAUCACAUCAGAAAAACAACAAAAAGCAACAGAAAAGCUAAAAAAAUAAAUCAUGGGUCUCCUUCUACAGUGUCUUCUGACCAGGAAAAUGUAAAGACCUCAUGCACAUGCCUUAGUACCUUUUACGUCAGUUUCUAUUUGUUAUUUGUCACAUAAAAAAGCUAAAUUUAUACCUGUAGUUCACCCUCUCUCUCGUGUGUAAUAUGAAAUUGAAUACGGAAACUAUUUUCCUGUAGAUUACCAUGGUUGGACUGUAGCUUUACUUCACAGAUUACUGCCCUCAUGACGUACACACAUGUAAGACUGGUACAUUACCAAUACUACUAUUCUUUAUGCAGUAUGGUCAUCAUUGUGGUAAUGGAUAAUGGGUCUUUCUUGUUUGUCGAUAUUUUGUUGUGUUUAAAUAAUGUGCAGAUGUUACUGCCUAUUUAGCUUUUUUAAUGUGUUAUUUCCAGGGCUAGAGAUUAGAACAUUAGCAUGCCUAUUUUUGCAAAGUUAUUGUAUUUCUGUAAAUGUUGCUGUCAUUUCGUUCCUAUUUAGAUAUUGUUUUUUUUUCUUAAAUGUUGUCUCCAUAUGGUUCUGGUCAAAAAAUCGUUUAGCCUAAGCUUUGAAAAACAGAAGAAGACACCGGAGAAAGAUUAAUCAUGCUAUUUAAGUCGAGGUUUAGGGGUUUCAACCCUGUCUCCCUAAAAAUUCUGUUAACACAGUACAUGUAUAUUAGUAAAUGGUGUCGCCUCUUACAUUAUGAAAGAAAUGAUUUUGUUACUUUUUAGAUACGUCCAUGAAAGUGUUUUAUUGUGUUGAUAAAAAUUGUAAUGUGGUUGAUAUUAAAGCGGGGGUAGGCAGUUUUCUGGAAAUCUAGCUAACUCCACACACAUGUUAAUAUCAGCAAAGCAUAUGAGAGAUGGAGUGAAAAUGUUACUUAUAGUUAAGCCUUCUGCUAAGCAUAGCCAAAGGUUCACAGAUGUGGCUAUGCCUUUAGCUACAGUUUGCAGAAAAGGUUAAACCAAUAGCAACAAUUUUCCACCAUCUCUGAAACACUUUACUUUUUUUUCGGUUGCUUUACAGUGUAGGUAUCGUUGCCAAUGUUGGAAUCGCAACGUUUCUGCAGGUACAGAACAGCCAUUAGAAACAUCCUGUUUCUGAAGUCACAGGUUAGAUUUACUAAAGCCUGAAACCGCAACCAAGAGGGUCCGAAGUCUAAUUUUCUGCUCAGAUCACUUAAAUUACAAUAUGAUUAGUGUGGAUUUUUUUGCCCAAUGACUCUAAAAAUCAACUGCCUACCCUAGCUUUAAGUUUCUUUCAAAACGUAUUUGCGGUUGCAAAUUAGCUGUAUAUGAGCAUCAUUUUUGGGAGACAGGGUUGGGUUGGGUAUAGGGUAAGGAAAUGGUCACUUUUAAGAUAACAGCUGUAUUCCUUUUCAGGGGCCACAUCCCUCAAAGUUCAAUUUUCAAGAUCGAAAAAGUCAAAACAGGUCAAUUCCAAAAGAGAAACACUGCCUUAUAUUGCCUGAAAUUGAUUAAAACCAGUGGUGUUUCCUUUGAGUCGUAAUUUUCCUAAAGUCAAUUGUUCCAACUCAUUAAGUCAGAACACCAUUGUGUGACCAAAUAUACCAUACCUUUACUGCCAUGUUCUUUGAAGGAGGUGGCUCCUGUAGCAGACACAGCUAAUGUGUGCAUUGUUAAUAUUGCCAAUUCUUUAGGUCGAUGUGAGAACACACCUGUAUCUCCUUCUCUCUCACACAUACACCUCACCCUUUCCAGAGGUCUCCUUUAAACAUUUCAGACCAGUUCUUUACCUGACAGCUUUGGGCUGUUACAGUGGCUUAUAAAAAGGCCACAUGUGUUUUGUCAAAACAAUUUCAGUCAGCAGGUUUGAACUGAGAAGUAGACAUGUUUGUUGAAAGAAAACUGGCCCUUGCAGGCUGAAUUCUUGACACGCCAGUUUCCACUGCCUCCAAUCCAAUAUCCCAGUCAGUUAUUUUUCUUUGUGGUUUACCAUCUCUACCUUCUUCUAUGGUUCAUAACCAUUGUUGCCUUCACUGUGCUUACCACUAUUGUUCACUGCUUACAGCUGAUUGGCCAGAGGGCUCAGCUUGCUGAGAUUUCCGCACCUCUGAGUGACCAAACAUCUGUUUCUCUUAGCCAUCUUUCUCUCUCUUUCACCACAACUGCUGUCAGUGUGAGUUUGUGUCAUCACUGCUUCCACCAUCUUACAGCUAAGUCUUUGAUUAGUGUGUGCCUGCAGCGAUGUGCCACGUAUUGUAGGUUUAGUACAGUUUAUCUUUAUUCUAAACUCACUGUAUCACUCUUAACACAAGGUACACUUACUGGAAAUUCUCUGGAAAAUGUUUGGAAAUGAAUAAAUGAGCAGCAGAUGACAUACAGUAGAUAUUUUUGACUUGAUCUGUUAUACCUGGCCAGAUAUUAAAGGCACUCUAAAAACAGAAGGUUAAGUUGUUAAGAGUGUUUUUUAAAGGACAACACUUACUUACCCAUUAGGACUGAUUACAUGGUCAUUGUCUCGACUCCUAUAGAUAUAUCUGUUCAUUGUGCAUGUUCAGUACCCACAUGAUACUAAACAGCAGCUGAGACCUGUUGUGUGUUUGAUUUUAAUUUAAGUAAAAGUUAUACUAUUUCAGCCAAAUGACUAUAACCAUAAGACUGCAUUUAGUUUUGCCUAUGGAAGUGAUUAGCAUCCCUGCUUUGCUUUGUGGGGCAAGUCUGAGUCUGAGUCUGAAUGGAAGCCUCCAGGCUUUUUGAAGGGGUUGUUGAAGACACAGUGGAAUAAAAAUACCUCCUCAACCAAAAGAAUUAGCUUUUAGUGAAACACUGUUGCCUUCAUGGUUUCUACUCUAGCUAAGUAGCGAAAACACACUAAAAGCUCAGAUCAUCAUCAGCUUGUCGCGUAACCAGCCUAAAACAGUUAAACUGUUCCUCUUCAGUGCAUUCUCAUCCAAACUUGUCGGAUAUCAAUGCUUUGUCACAGCCCUCAACAUCUGAUACUGGCACAAGUUUUGCAUCAGCUUUGAACGUAUCAGUGAUGCCGUGUCAGUUUCUGCUAGUACAUGCAUAGUGGCUUUUUAAAAUAAACUUCAGUGUUCACAGUAAACAGUGAACUGCAAGCAAUAGUUAGUUUUAAAAUAAAUUGAGUUUUUAGGGCUAAAAACAACUACUUCCGAAUCCAAAUAACAACACUAGUUCUUGGUUUCACGCAGGACAUGAACACCUGUCUCCUGGGAUAAUCCCACUCCAUGCUCUUUAUAUCCUAUUCGUUACUCUAAGCAUCUAAUAUUGUUUUAGAUGGGUUAACAUUUAACUACAGGUGCGUCUCAUGCACAUGGUAAAGCAAUCCCUGCAUCAGUAUCGAACGCCAAGGGCAAAAGUGACAAAGCUUUGGUAAUUUGAGAGUGAGAACAGGUUCUGCUCUUUCUGAGCAUUGAAAUUGUCUGCCAACAUCUGUGACAGUGUGAUCUGUGCAGUACCAACCUACUUUUUUGUCCACUUGGACAUUAAUAAUGAUAAAUAUCUAGAUUUUGAAUAAUGCUAAUUAGCUAUGGUUAUUUAGCAUACUACAUGUUAAUAUUUCAGCAUGCACAAUGGACAGAGACCUAAACAAAGGGAAAAUUUGGUAAUAUGAACAACCAGAUAAGUUACAAGAAGCAGUGUGGCCCUUUCAAAGUGGAGAAAAAGCCCAAGCAGUCAGAGUCUAAGGAUUCAUAUCUACGGAAAAGUGCAAAACUCUGAAAUUUGGCUUCAAUGGAGAGACUAAUGCUGUGUCUUUAAAUGAAUGUAUACACAAAACCAAUUAAGCAUAGCCUUUCAGUGGUCCUUUUUUUUAACAAAGAUGAAUGAAGAAUAAAUUUGGCCUCUUUUAGCUAACCUGGAAGGAAAUUGGUGGGUCUUUAUGGGUCUCUUUUUAUACUCAGAAAGUCAAUGAAAAGAUUUCAAAAUGUUCUCUCUCAAGCCAUAAUACCCAGCUGUGAUUUUGGAAGGUAAAAAAGUGAGUCUGACCA